CAUGGAUGUGAUACCGCGUGCUGUCUGUCACCUUCUGUCAAUUUGUCUCGAAGUCCGACUCGAAAUGUCAGUCGGUCACUGGAUAAAGUACGAUUUGAACGUGUGUUAACAUAUCCGGCGGCGUACAAGCAAUUUGCAUGAAAUCGCGUUUAGUCAAUUGCAUAUUAUCUUAUUACAGUCGUUAGGUCCGUGUAUGAGCAUCGGGGAUAUGUGUGAUCACAGCAGGACACUGUGAUCGUCGUCUGUUAUUUAAAAAAAAAAAUUACGUCCGCGCGCUAUCUUUGUGGAUUGUUUUGAUUAAAAUUGUUUUGUUUUGUGUGUUAUAACGGAGAAACUGUUGUUUCGAAGAUGAAAGACAUACAAAAUAAAGAAGAAACAUCCGAUGAUGAAGCCGGGUUGGGGUACCAGAAUACGUUGAUGUAUGGUCGCUACCAACGCGACCUCAGUGAAGCGGCCAGAGAAGAAGCUAGAAGGUUACGGAGACUGAGAAAGAAAAGACGGAAAGACGACAAACUUCGGCAGAAGGAGUUAGAGGCGACGGGGAAACAUCGUCCCAGGGGAAAAUUUUUCAAAGUUCUAGGGUAUGUCUGGCGGCAUACAUUCGCACGCCUCGGCGAGGACUGGAUCUUCCUGGCAUUGCUGGGCAUCAUCAUGGCGUGCAUCAAUUACGCCAUGGACCGGGGGAUAGGCAUCUGUAAUAAUGCUCGCAUGUGGAUGUACAAGGACGUAGCGACAUCGACGUUCAGCCAGUAUGUGGCGUGGGUGUCGCUGCCCAUCUGCCUCAUACUGUUCGCCGCUGGCUUCGUGCACAUCGUCGCUGCACAGAGCAUAGGGUCGGGCAUUCCAGAAAUGAAGACGAUAUUAAGGGGGGUACAUCUAAAAGAAUACCUCACGUUCAGAGCGCUCAUAUCGAAAAUAGUAGGAUUGACAGCUACGCUUGGUUCAGGGCUGCCAUUAGGAAAAGAGGGCCCGUCUGUACACAUAGCGUCCAUGGUGGCCGCUUUGCUGUCGAAGUUGGUGACCACUUUCCAAGGUAUCUACACGAACGAGUCCCGCACCAGUGAGAUGCUGGCCGCCGCCUGCGCCGUCGGUGUAGCGUCGUGCUUCGCGGCUCCUGUCGGAGGCGUGUUGUUCUCCAUCGAAGUAACAACCACAUACUUCGCCGUGAGGAAUUACUGGCGCGGCUUCUUCGCGGCGUGCUGCAGUGCUAUCAUGUUCCGCUUACUAUCGGUAUGGUCAGGCGCAACGCCAACUGUGAAGCCUCUGUUCCCCACCAGCCUCCCGCAGGAUUUCCCCUUCGACCCGCAGGAGUUCGCCGUCUUCGUACUACUAGGUAUAGUGUGCGGCUUCAUGGCCGCGCUCUGGGUGUGGAUCCACCGGCAGUACGUGCUCUUCAUGAGGAACACCAAGACGCUCAGCAACUUCCUGCAGAAGAACCGGUUCAUCUACCCUGGGUUUAUGACGCUGGCGGUGAUGUCCAUCCUAUUCCCGCCCGGCAUCGGCAAGUACAUGGCUGCGGACCUUGGCAACCAGGGGCAGGUGCUGUCACUGUUCGCGAACUUCACGUGGGGCGACGAGCUGACGGCGCAGCAGGCGGCCAUCGUGUCGCACUGGGAGACGCCCGAGGUCAACUACUUCGGAUGCCUCAUCAUAUACUUCUUCUCCAUUUACUUCCUGAGCAUGGUGUCGUGCACGCUCCCCGUGCCGGCGGGCAUCUUCGUGCCGGCAUUCAAGAUGGGCGCCUCCCUGGGCCGCUUUACCGGGGAGGUCAUGCACUACUUCUGCCCGCUGGGUGUCGCCUACGGAGGCCAUAUACAGAAAAUAUUGCCCGGUGGGUACGCGGUGGUGGGCGCAGCCGCGUUCACGGGCGCCGUCACCCACACGGUGUCCACCAUCGUCAUCGUCAGCGAGAUGUGCGGACAGGUGACCCACUUGCUACCAAUAAUGGCGGCAGUGCUUGCUGCCAACGCCGUCGCCGCGCUGCUCCAACCUUCCUGCUUCGACAGCAUCAUACUCAUCAAGAAGUUGCCAUACUUACCUGAUCUGCUCUCAUCCGCCAGCCGUAUGUACGACAUAUGCGUGGAGGACUUCAUGGUGCGGGACGUGAAGUACAUUUGGAACAGGAUGACCUUCCAGCAACUGAAGGACCUGCUCAAGGAGAAUAAGACAAUAAAGAGCUUCCCAUUAGUGGACAGUCCAGCGUCCAUGGUAUUGCUGGGGUCCAUACACAGAUGGGAGCUGGUGAGGGUGAUAGAACGCCAAGUGGGUCGCGACAGGCGGCUCCAGAUCGCAGCCCAGUGGCACCGCGAGGCGGAGAUGAGGAGGCGAGACGAGGAGAGGAGGAGGGUCAGGAGACCUUCAAGAUUUGAGGUAACUCCAGCACCUGAUAUGCUGCAAGCAUCAGGCGGAAUGACAAGAGGCAGCUCGUUAACUACGAAAGACCAAGGUGGACUGCUACCAUCGCCAGGGCACCUGUUCCGGCCUAAGUCGAUCCUGAAGAAGACUAAUUCGUUCACGCUGACCCGGGGCCUGGGUUCCCCCGCCACCCCCUACACGCCCACCUCCCCGCAGCCCUCCGUCUACACCACCGUCACCGGCGCCGAGACCAGGAUCCGUGCAGCGUUCGAGGCGAUUUUCAAGCGCUCGUCGAUGCUGCAGGACGUGCACGACGGACACGCGGCCGAGGGGGGACUAGCCUCCCCGGGCGUCCCGCGGAGCCCCUCCAUCAACAAGAAAGUGCAGCUGCCCCGCGAGCGCGUAUGCGACAUGUCUCCGGAGGACCAAAAGGCUUGGGAGCAGCUCGAGAUGGCCAAGGACAUCGACUUCGACAGGAUGCUGCAGAUCGCCAGGAAGAGGGACAUGCACCCCGAGGACCCGGAGUACGAUGAUGAGAACCUGUACAUAUGCCACAUCGACCCGGCUCCCUUCCAACUGGUCGAGAGGACGUCGCUGCUCAAAGUCCAUUCGCUGUUCUCCACGCUGGGCGUGAGCCGGGCGUAUGUGACUGCCAUCGGACGGCUCAUCGGAGUCGUCUCGCUCAAGGAGCUCCGGAAAGCAAUAGAAGACGUGAACUCAGGCGUAUUAACGUUGGCGACGCGACCUGAGCCGCCCACCACCCCGCCGCCCGCCGUCAUCAAAGUGGCGAGCAGCGAGCCGGCGCCACCCACCGACAGCGAGACCGCCAAACUGACCACCGGCGACAAGUGAAGCGAUCCAACGUAAUUAUAGUGAUUUCUCUUAUACACAUACCCAAAUCGGGCGGCUAUAUCCGCGCGGAAACCGUUGUUCCCGCGGGAAACAAUCCCGUUCCCGUGGGAAACUGCAAAAAAUCCCACUCUAACCAUGGCAUACGACAUGUAGACAAACAAACAGAUACAUGCUCUUCAUAGUUCUUAUAAAAAAAAAAAAUUAAAAGAAAAAACUUAGUAGAAACAAUAUUUACAAGAAAUAGUUUGCAAAGGAAUAAGUAACGGGCGACUUUACGAAGUAGUUUAGUUAGUAAGAAAUAAUGAGAGUCGCGUCUAGACGACUAUUUUGUGUAUAAAUAUUAGAAGUUACGAUGAAAUAUUGACUCGAAACUGAGUCGCUAAAGACAAAUUCAAAAUAAAACAUAUUUUAAAAACAUAAACGGGACUUAACGCGAUGUAAAAGCCUUUAUAGGUAAAUAAUACCUAUAUACUUGCUUCUUUAUUGCCUUAGAACAUGUCAAAAUAAAAUAACUGUAAAUAGUUUAAACACUACAUUCCACAUUUUUUUAUAUAUUUUUUCUUAUACAACUUAGAAUGGCAAACAAGCUGACGGCCCACCUGAUGGAAAUUGGUAACCGUCGCCUAUAGACAUGAGCAGUACCAUGGACAUAACAGAGUAUACUGUUUCGCCCAUGAUACCCCCAUGCGUUGCCAUUCCUGAGGACUCAGGUGUUAUUCCUCUGUACCCUGUAAAUUCACGCCAUAUCGCACCCUUCAAACCGAAAUACAGCCAUGCAAACACAACUGCUUCACGGUAGAAACACAAAUGGGACAGAGGUACUCAAGCAAUCGAGUUUUGUACAAAGUCUCCCUCUGAUGACUACCUUGUCCCCGGUGAGCCCUACAUUCGUAGACAUGUUCUUAAUGAAUGUCAUGAAAUUUUUGAGUGCGGACAGAUUGUAUGUAAACUAAUGUAAAAUCGUGUACCUUAGAUAUGUUUGUAUGCGUUGAAGAAAUAGUGAGCUUGUCGCUAAUUUAUUAUUAUAACAGAAUUGUUGUUGUGAAAUUUGACAUGGUGCUGAGACAACAGAGAUGUUAGAGGCGUACGUCAUAGGCUCCUUGUCAAGUCACUGGUCAUCGGUCAUAAUAUAGUAUUUAUUUAUUUAUUUAACUCUUUAUUGCACCAUAAAUAAAAAUAUACAACGACAAUUGAAUAAUUCAAGUGAAAUACAGUAACAUAAAUACAGAUUGAAAUAUACACAUAAAGGUACAAAAGGCGGUCUUAUCGCUAGUGCAAUCUCUUACAGACAACCUUUGGUUAAAGGAGAACAGAUACAAGUGGGUAGGUGGCGCAAGAGUGAAUUAAUAAUUUUUCGUGCAUAAAGUACAAAAACCUGUAAUGCACAAAAAUAUCAAAUACAUAUAAUUUAUUAAACUACUUACUGUAACAAUAUAUGUCUAGUGUCAAUGGAACUUAAUGAAAA